AUCUCCGUUCUUCUGUGACGGUCCAGAAACCAAAACAAAAAACAAUACUACAAGCAUUUAGGUUUGGCAGUAGAUUUUGAUAGGAAGAUAUGAAGUCGAUGCCAAAAUCUCCACGCUAUACAAUACUUGCCUUUUGCUUUUGGUGCAUACACCUCUUGCGUUCGGUAGAGCGAUCCACAGCUCAGACUACAGAUCCAUCUGAAGCGGCUACUCUACACUCCAUAUUUCAGCAGUGGAACAUUUCUGCAACAUCUGAUUGGAAUAUAAGUGGGGAACUGUGCAGCGGGGUUGCCCUUAAGGGAAUCGGCAAUGUGAACCUUGGGAUCGAAUGCCUAUGCACUUUCAACAAUGGAUCCACCUGUCGCAUAACGAGACUGUAUGUGUUCUAUCAUAAUGUAACAGGUCACAUUCCGGAAACCAUCGGGAAUCUGACUCACCUCAACUACCUGGCAUUGGAUGGAAACUAUUUAACAGGUUCCUUGCCUUCAUCUAUCGGCAACUUAAGGUCCAUGCAGUACAUGAGUGUUAGUACCAAUUUGUUGUCUGGAGGCAUCCCAAAGGAACUUGGAAAUCUUAGAAAUCUAACCAACUUGGGCUUGGGUACUAAUAGUUUCAGUGGGUCACUCCCUCCACAGAUGGGAAAUUUGAUAAUUCUGCAAGAAUUUAACAUGGACAGUAUUGGUGUGAGUGGUCCAAUUCCUUCAACAUUUGCCAAUCUAGUAAACUUGGAGAGACUGUGGGCCUUUGAUAAUGAGCUCAAUGGCACGAUACCUGACUUCACGGGGAAUUGGACCAAGCUUAAAAUUUUGAAACUGCAUGGAAAUGCUUUCCAAGGUCCGAUACCUUCCAGUCUUUCCAGUUUAGCAUCUCUAACUGAUUUGCAAAUUGGUGAAAUAACGAGCAGAAGCUCAUCUUUGGCAUUUAUCAAGGGAAUGAGGAACUUAACCACUUUAAUCGUGAAAAACAGUAAGAUUUCAGAUAGAAUUCCAUUCGACAUUGGAGAGUACCGAUCAUUACAGCAUCUGGAUUUGAGCUUUAACAAUUUAACUGGUGAAAUUCCAAGCUCGCUCUUCAAUAUGAAUUCCCUUUCUUCCUUGUUUCUUGGAAACAAUAGCCUGUUUGGUAACCUUCCUUCUAAUAAAAGCUCGUCGCUCCAGAACAUAGAUUUAUCAUACAAUCAAUUAUCAGGAGGCCUUCCCUCUUGGAUUACACAAGGAUUGCAACUGUAUGUCCAAAAGAUGCACAAAGUUUGCUAUUUUCAUCUUUAUUUCUCUAGUGACCAAACAAUUCAUUAUAUCAGUAAGGGUGAAUUUGGAUGUCCUGUUGAAUUGAAUUGCAAUAAUUAGUUUAGUAGAGAAGAAAUGACCAAACUUCAGUUACCUUGAUAUUCAGAAUGAGGAAGUAGUACUCAAAUUGCAUUUACAUUACUUUCAAGUUCAACUUGAAAGUAACUUAAUUGUAAUUUAGAGGCCACACUACCUCUAUACGAGUAUAGAGGAACGUGAUGGAAUUUGAUCAUUCAACCUCACUGAAGUAGUAAUUCUUGCAAUUUGAUUCAAUAGAGCAUCCAAAUGCAAGAUAGGACAAUGCCCCUCUUUAUUUCUUCUUAUGAUAUUUGAAUAUGAUUUUGGAAUAGAUUAACACCUGCUAUUACACAUUUGAUGGUUCAUAACCAUGACUAGUUAAAUCUAUGCACCAGAAUCAGGCAUAUGCAAGUUGCAAUAUUAUGUUUGGUGUCCAUAUUUAAUAUUUAAAAUUGCUAAAUUAAGUGUUUUUCAGAAUGAGAACAUAGCAUAAGUGUGCAAUAUCAGGGACAUUCAUCAAAAGUGCCCAAACUUGAACAUGCCCUGGGCAAAAAUCAAGCUGCUCCAUGCAUCAUAAGGGUCAAUGUGGAUGAACAAAAAAGAUGGUUUGGAAAAAGACAGCAGAUGCUAUGUAUUCAACAGGACGUGAAUGUAAAGUGCUAAAAUGGUGCACUGAAUGUGAACAUAGCACAGGUGUGCAAGAUUAGGAUUUUU